ACCAUCUCUUUCACUUCUUAAAAUGAAAGAAAUGGACAGAGAUCAUAGGGAACAACACGAUCACGAUAACUUAAAUGAAAACGAGGAACGGAAAGUGGGAAUGGAUUUUCGUAAUUUAACUCGUCACCAUGGCAUAGAUCAUGUAGCUGAUGUUAAAUCGGAGCAAGACAUGGAAGUUGAUCAAAAUGAUAGAGUUGAGAAUUUACACGAUGAUAAAGUAGAUCAAAAUAUAGGAAGAAAUUUUCAUAAUCUAGCGCACCAUCCCGCUAUGAGAGAUAUGGAAAGAGAUCAAAAUAAUCAUGUUGACAAUGUACACGAUGAUAAAGUUGAUCACAAAUUAGGACGAGAUUUUCGUAAUUUGGGACCUCAUGCAGGCAUGGUUCACUUGCACUCUGGAAUUGAGCAUUUAAAUAAUGUUGAUGUAGAGGUAAAAUUAGCAAGAGAUGUUCGUGGUUCUUUAGGUUUGGGACUAUCAUUAGAGUUAUGUGUGGUUUGUGGGGAUAGGGCUAGUGGAAGACACUAUGGAGCAAUAAGUUGUGAAGGUUGUAAAGGUUUUUUCAAACGUAGUAUUCGAAAACAAUUGGGUUAUCAAUGCAGAGGAAGUAAAAGUUGUGAAGUUACCAAACACCAUAGAAAUCGGUGUCAGUAUUGUAGACUUCAAAAAUGCCUUGCAAUGGGAAUGAGAAGCGACUCUGUACAACAUGAAAGAAAACCAGUAUUAGGGACUAGAGUGAAACCGGAACCACAACAACCAGUGUCUGAAACUCCUUCAACUUGGGAACAACCUGAAAGUCCCAGUAUGGAAGACCAAAGUAGUGAUAGUGACCUCAGUGAUGCAUUAACAUUAGCAAGGGAACGUUUACUUAUUUCACAUGCAUUGGAUAGCAUGGCUAAACUUAUUGGAGAUAGUGUUAAUGGUUCAAGUGAGCCAGAAGAAGAGUGGACUGGACAGUUAAUUUCUGAAAGACACACAUUAUUUGAAUUAAGAGCUCCUAGCCCAGCACCUGCGUACUUGUCAAUACAUUAUAUUUGUGAAAGUGCCGCUAGGUUACUUUUUUUGUCAGUUCAUUGGGCGCGAGGAAUCCCUGCGUUUCAAGCAUUACCAUCUGAAGUUCAAACAACAUUAGUGCGCAGUUCCUGGGGACAGCUCUUUACAUUAGGUCUUGCACAAUGUGCAUAUACUCUAUCCCUUCCAAGUAUUCUAACAUCAAUAAUAAAUCAUCUGCAAGCUAGUAUUGCACAGGAAAAAAUUACAGCUAGCAAAGUAAAGUCUGUUACAGAACAUAUAUGUAGACUACAAGAUUGUGUUAGUUCACUUCAUAAAUUACAAGUUGAUUCUGUUGAAUACGCGUACCUUAAAGCGUUGACGCUUUUUAGUGCUGACAAUGUCUUAGCCGGUGUUUGGCGCAAAAAAGUUGAAGUUUUACAAGAAGCUGCAUGGACAGAAUUACAGCAACGUGUGGGAUCCGACAGGUUACCUCGCCUCCUUUUGAGGCUCGCACCGCUUCGUUCAAUUAACCCUAGGGUCUUGGAAGAUUUGUUUUUUGCAGGUCUUAUUGGUAGGGUAAGCGUAGCUAGUGUUGUGCCUUAUAUUCUUACUAUGCAAGAUUACAAAGCUGAACCUGAAAGUCAUAUGGGAAAGUGCAAGAGGCCCGUUGGCGAGGAGAACGAGGAGAAUAAGAAGGGAAAACGGAAACGAGCAGCGGAAACGGAGAUCGAAGUGCCGACGAGAGCAAAGGAGGUUUCGGCCGUGGAAACCAAACGGAAAACCAUGGAACAUACGCAUACAAGAUGCGACGCCCGUUUACCGAAAGCCACACCGAUCACCGACGAUUAUGAGAUCAGCAAUCACGUGCUUGGUCUUGGAAUAAACGGAAAAGUUGUUCAGUGUUAUGACAAAACCUCGAGGGAAAAGUAUGCGCUCAAGGUGUUGUACGAUUGCGUCAAGGCGCGGAGAGAAGUUGAAUUACAUUGGAGAGCGUCGAAUUGUAGGCAUAUAGUUCAAGUCAAAGAUGUAUAUGAAAACACAUAUAGUGGAAAUAAGUGCUUAUUGGUUGUCAUGGAAUGCAUGGAAGGAGGAGAACUGUUUGAGAGAAUACAGGAUAGGCAAGAUGGUGCUUUCACAGAAAGAGAAGCUGCGCAAAUAAUGUAUGAAAUUUGUGUUGCUGUAAAGCACUUGCAUGAUAUGAAUAUUGCACACAGGGAUCUCAAGCCAGAGAAUCUUUUAUAUUCCAAACCUGAUAGUACUGGAAUACUGAAACUUACCGAUUUCGGUUUUGCGAAGGAAACACAUUCGAAAGAUACGUUACAAACGCCAUGUUACACGCCAUAUUAUGUUGCUCCUGAAGUUUUGGGACCAGAAAAAUAUGAUAAAAGCUGUGAUAUUUGGUCACUUGGAGUUAUAAUGUACAUAUUAUUGUGUGGUUUUCCACCAUUCUAUAGUAAUCAUGGGUUAGCAAUUUCACCCGGAAUGAAAAAAAGAAUUCGACUAGGUCAAUAUGAUUUUCCAGCCCCUGAGUGGUCUAAUGUGAGCACAGAGGCGAAAAAUCUGAUCAAGGGUAUGCUGUGCACAGAUCCAGCUCAAAGACUGCAGAUUGACGAAGUUAUGCGCAAUAAAUGGAUCGCUCAAUAUACUGAAGUACCCCCUACGCCUCUACAUACUGGACGUGUACUUAGAGAAGGUGAAGAGCUUUGGCCGGAAGUUCAAGAAGAAAUGACACGAUCCUUAGCUACGAUGCGCGUAGACUAUGACGCAGCUAAUUUGAAACAAUUGGACCACACAAAUAAUGCCCUGUUAAACAAACGAAGACGAGCGAAGCAAACGAAUGCCGUAACGCCGACUGCCAAUCCUACGCCUGCAUCCUAGGGAGACGCGACAAGAGCCAGUCCACACUGGCGUAUUUUUUUACGAAGAUGUAUAAGGUAUAGUGUUAUUACCAUGAGAAUUGUUUUCUGACAACUGCGCGAUGUAAAAUAUCAAUGGUUACAAAACAGAAUAGCCUUGAAGAAAAGUUAUAUAUACACCAAAAUAUACACUAAUAAAAUUGUAUUCAAGUUCCAUAUAAUAGAGUAAUAGGAAUUCAUAAAUAUGCACGAAUUUGUACUCUUACAUUUCACUUAAUUACAGUUCUAAGAAACUUUUUUUUAGAUGCUAACAGUUAUAAGGGCUAAACUUAAAUUUCAAGGGCACUAUUAUUGCUAUGACACGUAUGGUGCAUGUUUCACUUUCCAUAGCAGAAAAAGUGAUAGCACUCUA